AAAGGAGGGACGCAUCAAGGCAGGUGGGCGCUCAUGCAAGAGGAGAAAGCCAGUAAGCAGAGGCAAAUUCACUCAGAACAACUGGGCUGGUUGGUGCAGAUAAAGAAGAGGUUGGUGCAAGCUAUACGAGCAAGCCAUGCCAAGCUGAUGGACUAACAACAGCUGACAGGAGGACUAUGUGUUGAGGAUCGCCUCUUGAAUUUUUAACUACUUGGAGCCCACUGAUAUUCCUUCUUUGGCUGUUGGUGGACGUUGCUUUAGCAAUGGGGAGGAAGAAGAUUCAAAUCACCCGUAUUGUUGAUGAGAGGAACCGACAGGUGACUUUCAUGAAGAGAAAGUUUGGCCUGAUGAAGAAGGCCUACGAGUUGAGCGUUCUGUGUGACUGUGAAAUUGCCCUCAUCAUCUUCAAUGGCUCCAACAAGCUAUUUCAGUAUGCCAGUACUGACAUGGACAAAGUCCUGCUGAAGUACACGGAGUACAACGAACCCCACGAGAGCAGAACCAACUCUGACAUCGUAGAGGCGCUGAACAAGAAGGAGCACAGAGGCUGCGACAGCCCUGAUGCAGACGCAUCCUACGUCCUCACUCCUAAUACUGAAGAAAAAUACAAGAAGAUUAAUGAGGAGUUUGACAACAUGAUGAAGACUCACAAAAUUUCCACAGGACAACAGCAGCAGCACUUCAUGCAUGUAGCACCAGGCAGCAUGGCCUACAGUCACAGUGCAGGAGGAGGAGGGGCAACUUCCCAGGCACUAGCUGCAGCCACAGCAGCUCUGGCUGACAGCGGGAUCCUCGCCUCACCUCACACGCACCUCCACAGAAACAUAAACUCCUCACAAAGAGCUCCGAACACUGGAGGUGAAGGUGGUCUCCAGGGUAGUUCCGAGCUGGCUCUGCAAAAUGGAUCAGGACCCACUGUGAAUGGAUUUGGAAAGAUUCUGCCACCAAAAUCUCCUCCUCCUCUUCCACCUCAUGGGAACAGCCUGGUCCCCACCAGCCGCAAGACAGACCUCCGGGUUGUCAUCCCUCAGUCCAAAGGAAUGAUGCAAACGCUGAAUAACCAAAGGAUGAGUGGCAGUCAGUCCAGUCAGCCUCUGUCCACACCAGUGGUCUCUAUCACCACACCCAGUCUGCCUCACCAGAGUCUGGUCUACGCUGGCAUUGGCUCUGCCUACAACAACGAUUACUCCCUGAACAGUGCAGAGUUGUCAGGCUUCAGCUCCGCUGCAGGCCACUCUCUGAGCUCCAUGGCAGCGUGGGAGCAACAGCAGCUGAGCUCCAUGGGGUCAGGAAACUCCAGUAUCCCCAUCAGCACCAAUCAUAACAUCAACAUCAAAGCUGAGCCCAUCUCUCCGCCCCGUGACCACCUCAGCCAGUCCGCAUACAUGACCCAUCCACACGCUCACCCGCAUCCUCACUCCUCCGCGUCCUCAUCAGUUCGAGCAGAAAUGGGGAGGUCCCCCUCCGACAGCAUCGGCUCUUCCUGCAGCUCCCACGAGGGUGGCAGUGACCGGGAAGAGCUGCAGCGGCCGGACUUCCACUCGCUUCCUGCGAGUCGGUCGGAGGGCAGGGAGAGUCCGACAGUCAAGCGACUCCGAAUGGACAGCUGGGUGACAUAGACCCCGGAGCCACAUGAAGACGGAGCGCCGGGACAACAACAGGAAGGACACUGUUAUGCAAAUGAAAUGUGGUUUUUAUUGAUGUGCUCUGCUGACUUUUCUUUAAAUUGAUAUAUAUAUAUAUUUUUUUUUUUUUCGGUUGUUCAGAAUUUCUUGAGAAGGGCUGAACAAUAUUAGUCUGAACAUUCUGGAUCUGAAAAACAUGAAAAAAAAAACAGUGGUACUUCAUAUAAUCUUCUUUUACAAACAACUAAAGCUUUGCAGAUUAAACAUCUGGGUCCAGCUGCAGUACAGUUCCAGUGUAGUACAAUUAUUUCCACAUGCAGUGGGAUAUAGAGUUAAAAAAGCAUAACUACCAGUCUUUAAUUCAUAAGCGGUUAAAGUUACUGGGUGUCAACCAUUUCAUUUCUGAUCUUCUCAGGGUUUAAACCAUUGAAUGAGUCCAUCGUGAAAGCAAUACUCCCUCCACAUCAUCAUCAUCAUCAUCAUCACCUCUGUUACUCCUCUUUAUAAAAACAUUUAUUUAUAUCAGCCAAAGCAGUAUACUGUUUUCUAUGUUGUGUGUGUUUUUAUAUUGUGCACAGAAUAAUACAAUAUUUGAUUCAGAUUUAAAACCGGAAGCCAUGGACACUUGUGUAUGUACUACCAAAACAUGUCACUAUUGUUUGUAUAUA